AUGUCUGGUUUCAUUCAAUUUCCGAACAUCCCAGGUGAAAGCAACGAUACCGAUCACAAGGAUUGGAUUAACCUCCUGUCCAUCAGCGAAAGCAUCACGCGUGCCGCUUCGCAGGGUUCGUCCGGUUCGUCGCGACACGUCCAAAGUGCUAUCUUCGGCGACAUUGUCUGCGUGAAGGAAAUGGACAAGUCGACUCCAAAGCUGAUCGAAUCGGUCGCCGCUGGUACCGUGCACAGCAAAGUCAAAAUCGAUAUGGUCAUGUCCCUCGGCGAUAAGGGCAAACGCCUUCCGUUCUUCCAGUUCGAGCUGGAUAACGUGAUCGUCACCUCGUACAGCUUCAGCGCGAAUGUCGAAGGGGACGGCGUUGUGCCGACCGAAUCGUUCUCGCUGAACGCCGAAAUGAUCAAGUGGACCUACACCCAGUACGGCAAAGACGGCUCGAACAAGGGCAAAGUCGAAGCCAAGUGGGAUGUCGAAGCCGGCAAGAACGGCUAA